GGGUGCCUUGACGUCCGGCGCAGACGAACGUCGAGCGUGCGUGUAUGACGCAGUUUCGCCGCCGCCCCCCCGAUCGCGACCCCUCGAGCGGCUGAGGCGGGUGUCGUGGAGGCGCCGCCGCCGCCGCCGCGCCCUCCGGCUCUUCGUUGCAGAGACGCGACUGGGAGCGAGCGCUAGGCCGGGCCGCGGCCCCUGCGCCGAACGCCGCGCUUCUCCCUCGUCGGAAGGCCCAGCCUGGAAAAGCGGUUUUGAGAAACUGAAAUAACUUCAACAUGUUUAACAAAUCUUUUGGAACGCCUUUUGGAGGCAGCACGGGGGGCUUUGGAACAACCUCAACCUUUGGGCAGAAUGCUGGCUUUGGGAAUACCAGCGGAACAGCCUUUGGGACAUCGGCCUUUGGAUCAAAUAACAAUGCUGGAGGACUCUUUGGCAGCGCCCAGACCAAGCCAGGAGGGCUCUUUGGGGCAAGCACCUUUAGCCAGCCGGCUACAUCGUCCACUAGUACUGGCUUCGGUUUUGGAGCGUCGACCGGAACUUCCAGCGGCCUGUUUGGGACUGCGAGCGCAGGGGGAGGCCUCUUCUCUACCCAGAGCAACGCCUUUGCCCAGAGCAAGCCAGUGGGGUUUGGCAAUUUUGGGACAAGCACCAGCAGUGGAGGCUUGUUCGGAACCACUAACACAACCUCCAAUCCCUUUGGGGGCACAUCUGGCUCCCUUUUUGGAUCAACCAGCUUUCCCACUGUCCCCACUGGCACAACAAUUAAAUUCAAUCCGCCCACUGGCACCGAUACGAUGGUCAAGUCUGGAGUCAGCACGAAUAUCAGCACCAAGCAUCAGUGCAUCACGGCUAUGAAGGAGUAUGAAAGCAAAUCCCUGGAGGAGCUCCGUUUGGAAGACUACCAGGCAAACCGGAAAGGUCCCUCCAACCCAGUUGGGGCUGGAGCCACUCCCAGCCUGUUUGGCUCAUCCACGGCCACCUCCAGCGCAGCCACGGGGCUCUUUGGCUCCUCCGCCACCAACACGGGCUUUUCGUACGGGCCAAAUAAAACCGCAUUUGGAACCAGUACCACCGGUUUUGGGACAGGAACCGGAGGCCUCUUUGGUUCGACUCAGCAGGCACCAAGCCUCUUCAGCAAACCCUUUGGCCAGCCCACGACAGCCCAGAACACGGGUUUUUCGUUUACAAACACCAGCACCCUUGGACAGCCCAACACAAACACGAUGGGCUUGUUUGGAGCUGCCCAGCCCACGCAAACAGGAGGCCUCUUUGGAACAGCCGCCAAUACCAACACUGCAGCUGCAUUUGGAACCGGGACUGGUCUCUUUGGGCAACCCAGUACUGGAUUUGGCGUUGGUGGCUCGUCCCUGUUUAGUAACAAGCCUGCUGGAUUUGGCACCACUACCACCAGCGCUCCCUCCUUUGGGACAACAACAAGCGGACUUUUUGGGUUUAAUGCAAACACCACCGGAAACAGCCUGUUUGGAAGCAAGCCUGCGGCCGGGGCUCUGGGUCCAGGCCUCGGGACGGGAUUUGGAACCGCCCUUGGUGCGGGGCAGACUUCGUUGUUUGGGAGCACGCAGCCCAAACUGGGGGGCACGCUUGGGACAGGAGCAUUUGGUGCCCCUGGAUUUAACACUUCAACAGCCACCCUGGGCUUUGGAGCUCCACAGCCUGCUGUGGCUCUGACAGAUCCCAACGCCUCUGCGGCCCAACAAGCCGUCCUGCAGCAGCAUCUCAAUAGCUUGACGUACUCGCCCUUCGGGGACUCCCCUCUCUUCCGAAACCCCAUGUCUGACCCAAAGAAGAAAGAGGAGAGGCUGAAGCCAACCAACCCAGCAGCCCAGAAGGCGCUGACCACGCCAACGCAUUACAAACUGACUCCCCGUCCAGCGACUCGUGUGCGCCCCAAAGCUUUGCAGACCACUGGCUCUUCCAAAUCCCACCUUUUUGAUGGUCUGGAUGACGACGAGCCCUCCCUGUCCAACGGGGCCUUCAUGCCCAAGAAGAGCAUUAAAAAGUUGGUUUUGAAGAACCUGAACAGCGGUAGUCUCUUCUCUCCUGCCAGCGCUGAAGUUGACAAUGUUGCCUCAACAUCUGCCUAUCCUGAGAACGGGGAUCGGUCAGCUAACGAGAACCACAGGCAGGACGAAGAGCCAGAAGAUGACAGCUAUCCUCGUGAAAUGUCCCGGUAUUUUGCCAACUCCAUUACCAAGCCCAUCCCCCAAACUCCGGAGAAUGCUAUGCACAAGCACCACAAUAACAGCGUGGACGACACCAUCGUGGCCCUGAAUGUGCGACCGGCACUGCGGAAUGGACUGGAAAACAGCACGGAGGAAGCUUCCUACCACGAGGAGUCUCUGCAGGAAGACCAGGAUGAGGAGGCUGAAGACCAGCUGCAGGGCAUCCAUCCGGCAGGAAUUGUCUUGACGCGAGUUGGGUACUACACCAUUCCCCCGCUGGAAGAGUUGGCCAAAAUGACCAGUGACAAAGGAGAGUGUCUUGUGACAGACUUCACCGUAGGCCGUAAAGGGUACGGCUCCAUCUACUUCGAGGGUGAGGUCAAUCUGACCAGCUUGAAUCUGGAUGAGAUUGUGCAUAUCCGCAGGAAAGAAGUGAUCGUCUACCCAGAUGAUGAAUUGAAGCCCCCCGUUGGGGAGGGCUUGAACAGGCGCGCUGAAGUCACCUUAGAUGGCGUUUGGCCCACUGACAAAACUUCACGUUGCUUGAUCAAGAGCCCAGAACGGCUGGCAGAGAUGAACUAUGAAGGCAGACUGGAGGCUGUCUCUCGGAAACAGGGAGCCCAGUUUAAGGAGUACCGCCCUGAAACCGGUUCAUGGAUAUUCAAGGUGGCUCACUUCUCAAAAUACGGCCUGCAGGAUUCUGAUGAGGAAGAGGAAGAGAACCUAGCAAAAGUGGAGUCCAAGAAAUUAAAAACUGCUCAAGUACCCCUGCCAGGCCAGCAGGUGUCUCAGCAAAUGGCUGCCGUUGGGAAGCUGGCACCUCCGUCCAAGAGUCUGGAGGCUGACUACCUGGGGAAGGCGGUAGAAUUCGACAGCGAGAUGGCAGACGUCACGCAGGAGCUGCCUCAGGGUUCCGUGGUAGGAGAGAGUGUGGUGGACAAAGAGGAGCCGGUUCCAGCCUCCACGCACGUUGUGUCCUCCCUGGACAUCGACCCUCACACCCUGCAGAUCAUGAAGGCUUCCUUGCUUGCGGAUGAGGAAGAUUUGGACUUGGCAACAGAUCGCCAGUUUGGCAAGCAAGGCGGACAAAUGGAUACUUCGCAAGAGAUCUGCUCUCCAAGACUUCCCAUCUCCUCCUUGAGACGAGGGUGGAAAAGCCGCCCCCCAGCUGGCGGGUUGCUGCAGUCGAGACUCUCCAGUGGCCCUUUCCUGCUCCCGAACGCUUCCCUCCAGGACCGCCGCAGCCCAAGGACUUCCUCGCUGGGCGGGGCUUUGCCUGCCCCGCCUUGGCCUGUCCUUUCCCCACUGGCCUCGGCCUUCACAGUGCCACACUCGGUGCCCGACGUGCCCCUGAAAACCGUGGGUGUCCGCAGGCGUCCGGGGCUGGUGCCCCUGGAGAAAUCUGUUACACAUGGGAAAGGAAGGCUGCUGAAGGAUGUGGCGCUCUUCAUGGGCCGCUCCUUCCGCGUCGGCUGGGGGCCCAACUGGAUUUUGGCCCACGGUGGGGACCGGUUGAGCCCGCUGAGCCAGCCAGAGGAACCCCACAGGGAGUCCACAGAGUAUGGAUUCUUGCCAGCCCCCGUGGCUCCAAAGCAGGUCUCUGAGUCCCCCUUCAAGGUUCACGUGGAGAGACUGACCUUGGAAGGAAAGACGACUGACAGGAAUCUCCGUGUGUACCUCCUUCCGUUAGAGAUCAAGCUGAAACACAGCACCGUCCACCUGGAUGAUCUCUGCCCCUUGCUGACCCCCAACCCUGGCGUAGCAGCCAUCCACGAGUACGCCGGAUGGGCCACAGAGGGGUGCGAAGAUGCAGAAGAACAAGAAGCGGUGGUGAAAGACUGGGGCCUGGUGUGGACUCUCUGCGAGGCCCUCUGGGGCCGCCUGAAAGAGCUGGAGGUCCGCCUGGAGGAGCCCAGCGAGUACGUGGUGCUGCUGGAACGCAGGAAGGCCUUCUCUCGCUGGCUCUCGCAGACAGUGGCGGGGCGGAUCCAAGAAGAGGUUUCGCUCAGCCAGAACGACAAUCCCGCAGAGGCCGUCUUCAGUUACCUUACCGGGAAGCAGAUAGGCAAUGCUUGCCGCCUGGCUCAGCAGUCUGGAGAUCACAGGCUGUCUCUGCUCCUCUCCCAGUUGGCUGGGAGCCAGGAGGUUCGGGAACUGCUGGCCUUGCAGUUAGCCGACUGGUAUCAGCUCCAGGCCGACAGCUUCAUCCGGGAGGAGAGGCUGCACAUUUUUUGCCUCCUCGCUGGCAAGCCGGUCCGGCAGUUAUCUGAGAAGAGGAGCAUCAACGUUUGUUCCCAACUGGACUGGAAGCGCUCCCUCGGCAUCCAUUUGUGGUACCUGCUGCCUUCCACGGCACCCCUCUCAAAGGCCCUCAGCAUGUACGAAGCGGCAUUCCAAGACUCCCCAGAUUGUGAGAGAUACGCCUGUGCUCCACUGCCUCCCUAUCUAGAAGGCUCAGGCUGCGUGGUUGAGAACGGCAACUCAUGGCGCCCUCUGCGAGAUGUGUGCUUUCACCUGUUAAAGUUGUACAGCGACAGGUGCUACGACCUACACCAGCUGCUUGACCCUCAGAGCGUAACUGCAGACCCCUUGGACUACCGUCUCAGCUGGCACCUGUGGGAAGCGCUUCGUGCCUUAAAUUUUACCCACCUGUCAGAGCAGUGCCAGGGAGUGCUGAAUGCCAGCUAUGCGGCCCAGCUGGAGAGGGAGGGGCUGUGGGAGUGGGCUGUCUUUGUCCUGCUUCACACACCCGAUGCCCGAACGCGUGAAAGAGCAGUGCGGGAGCUGCUGAACCGUCACUGCAAGCUGCUAGAGGUGCCCCCUGAGUCUUGGGACAAAGAGGCCUUCCUCACGGAGAAGCUGUGUGUCCCCCCGGAGUGGAUCUACGAGGCCAAGGCCCUGUGGGCCAGGAGGCAAGGGGACAAGCCCCGAGAGGCCCUCUAUCUGUUCAAGGCAGGCCACUGGAACCAGUGCCACCAGCUGGUGGUCAGGCACUUGGCUUCAGAUGCCAUCGUCAAUGAAAAUUACACGUAUCUGAAAGGGUUCUUGGAAGACCUGUCUAGUCCUCAGCGCAGCAGCCUCAUUCAGGGAUGGGACACUGCGGGGCUGGUUUUCUUGGACUACCUGCAGGUCCUCGAGAUGGUCCACAGAAUUCAACAGCUGGACUGUUCUGUGUAUGAGCUGGAGGAGCUCCAUUCCAAAGUGAUCUCCCUCUGCAGCAGGAUCGAGCUGGUCCAGUGCCACAGCGCCAAGGACAGGCUGGCUCAGUCUGAAAUGGCCAAGCGCAAUGCAGACAUCUUACGUGUGGUGCUGAGCCUGCAGCACCCUCCGGACUCCAUCUCUGGCUCGAUCCCUGAUGUGCAGAGGGUGCCGCUGCGCCUGCUGGCCCCCCAUAUCAGCAGGCUCCCCAUGCCAGAAGACUACGCGCUGGAGGAGCUCCGCGGGCUGACCCAGGCCUACCUGCGGGAACUGACAGCGAUGGCCCAGUGACGUUGGCCUGCCCGGGUGUCCCGGCCUGCCGCACCAUUAGGGACCCCUUUGGGCCCGGUUUUUGGGGCGGAGGCCGCCACGGUGCCAAUUUCCUUUGUGCUCUCGGUUGCUGCACGGCUACCGCCAGCUAGCUUGUGAGGGGGGGCAGGGAGCUCAAGGCCCGGCUCUCCCGUUGGGGCUCGUGGGCCCCCCUCCCCCUGUGCUUUGCGGUGUUAAUAAAGUCUGCUGCUGCAGAAUCCAACAGUGGUGGCUGCUCCCCGCUGGCGUUUGGAAGGCCGGGAACGGGGCAGCGGCGGCCAAGCCCCUUCCUCCGCUCGAGCGGAUGCUAGAAAUCAUUGUGUGUGAGCAGUCGGGCCCCGACUCAGCGGAGCUCUGGCUGGGGAUUUUGUCCGGGAGGGUUGGAGCAGGAUGGCCCCGGAGGGGGCUAGGUGUCGGUGCAGCAGCUGCGCCUCUUUUGGGUUGCCCCCCAUCAGUUGGUCCAAGCGGCUGGGCCCCUUCGAGAAGUUGGGGCCUGGGCCCCUUCCUUUGGUGCUGGCUUUCGUCCCAGGCCCCCUGGGGCGGGGCUGGAGGCUGCAAAGCUGCCUCCAGAUGGCUGGCCUGGCCUUCAGGAGCCUCCACAUUUACAAAUGAAGAUGCCCCCCCCUCCAAGGCCCCAGCAGCCUUGGCUGAAGGGGGACAGCCUGUCCCUAAACUCAUGGGGUCUGUGCGUCCGUAAUGUGUACAAGGGACUUCCGGACGGGACUGUCUUAACGGGGAGGCGGCCGUCACCCUUUGCACGAUCUUGGCCUGGCUCUUGCAGGGGGAUGCGUGGCCGGCUGGAUCUGGGUGGCUGGGGGGGUUGUGUGCAUGUGUGCUCGACUGCGUGUAUUGGGGGUGCCAGAAAAGUGGUUACGCAUGAAGAUUAUGUAAAGGUUUUUAUUAAAACUAUAAAUAAAUGAUCCAGAUUAUUUUCUUGUCUGUUUUUCUGGAAAUACUUUCUACAAAAAAAUAAAAUGUUUAUAGCAUUUUC